AUGGGUACCUUUGUCGAAGACGAUGCCAUAAAGCUUAUGGAAGAAAUGACCAGAUUUGAGGCAGAAAUUGCUUGCAAUGUAGCUCCUCUCGGAGUUGUAUCUCAAUCUCGUCAUAUAAUUGGAGCAAACACAUUUGAUCUUAUGCAAAAAAAAUUAGAAACCGUUGGUAAAACUAAGACUGAUGGUACUGUUGUUGAUACUUUGGCGGCCUCUUCUGAGAACUUAUCAUUGCCAAUGACUGUGCCUCCUCCUCCUCCUCCUCCAGUAGGAAAUUUAUCUUCAAAUUUUUCUGGAAUUAUUCCACCAAUAUCUGCAUUUACUGGUAUUCCACCACCUCCACCACCACCCCCUUUUAUGAUACCACAUCAUGUUCGCCCUCCUAAAGGUCAAGAUGGCAAGAGUAAAAAAGAGAAGAAAAAUAAAAAAUUAAUUAGAAUGGCAGGAGGUCAAACAUGGGAAGAUCCUUCAUUAGCUGAAUGGGAAGAUGAUGAUUUUAGAAUAUUUUGUGGAGACUUAGGUAAUGAUGUGACAGAUGAAGUUUUAACUAGGGCCUUUAAUAAAUAUAAUUCUUUUUUAAAAGCCAAAGUAGUCAGAGAUAAACGAACAAAUAAAACAAAAGGAUUUGGUUUUGUGAGUUUUAAAGAUCCUCAGGAUUUCAUAAAGGCAAUGAAAGAAAUGAAUGGACGAUAUGUUGGUAGCAGACCCAUAAAACUUAGGAAAUCUACUUGGAAAGCAAGAAGUAUGGAAAAUGUAAGAAAAAAAGAAAAAGAAAAAGCUGCUCUAAUUAAUAUUUUAACUGGAAGAUAA